AAUUAUAACCUAACGUUUUAUAUACAAUAUUUUAUUUUUAAAUAACAAGAAUCACUUUAUAAUGCCCUAUAAGUACAUUGGUCGGACUACAGAUUUUAAAGGCAAGACGCUAUGGGAAAUUGUGGGGAAUUUAAAGAAUUUUGGAAUUGGUAGAAUAAUUACAAGAGGAAUGUAUGAACGCUACCCCGAGCCAUCAUAUUUUAAGAUACUGAAAGUAGAAACAUUGCCCAAUCCGGAGACGGUUUCAUUCGACAACGUUCGCAAAGUGCGAGUUUGGGUGGAAAAAACUUUUCGUGGCAAGGUAUUUCCUAGUCCAAUCAUUAUGGAAUCAGCAACUUACAAAGCAGACUAUAGACUCAUUCCUAAAGACGAAGAGGAAAAGUUUUGCAAAACGGUUGUGAAGGAUGAAACCAAAAUUUUCCCCAAAUACUUCGAAUUUCCGCCAGUCAUGAAAGAAUUAAUUUUAAGAGAUAUGAAAGCUGAGGGAAGUGACGCCACUGAUGAGCUCAAACUGGAAAUUGUUUAUAAUAGAAUAAGCAGGAAAACAAAAUAUAGGAUUACCGAAGAUGGUGAAAAGCCAAACGUUGAAAUAGUUAUGGGACUCGGUAAACCUGCCGCGCCUAGUUUGUAUGAAGGAGUAAAAUUAUAAUUUUUUUUAUGUAUUUGUAGUUAAAUUAAUAUAAUUAAGUCGUUCAAA